AUGACUAUUUAUAAGUUUAUACGGUUAGAAGAUAGAGCUGCUAAAUGGGCUGUUAGCAAAUAUAAAUCACACUGUUGUUUACCUAAAAACAUUGAAAGAAUAAUGGAUCAGUUAGAUAAUAAGAAUAAUAAUACUUAG